CAUCCCCCUUCUCCGGCGAUCAAAACUGGUAAGUCACCGUUUUUCUCUCUAAAGUCUUUAGCACCCAUUUCAAACAAACAAAUACCCAGAUCAGAUCUCACAUUUUUCAUCAGUUUAAUGGUGAUCUCACGAUCUUCUUUGCUAAUCUCAUUAUGGUUUCUCGUAUACCUAUUUGGGUUCUCCGAAUCUGAUCCAGUUUAUGCUCAAAAUUGCCCCCAAACCAACACUUCUUUACUUAAUUUCACUACCCAGUUUGUUAUGGUUCAACAUCAGGUAAGAGGAUCUUUUAGUAUAAUCAAUGAUUGUUCUUUUAGGGUUAGCGAAUUUGAUAUGCUUCCAGGGAGUUCUCAUGUUCAUUGGUGGGGUGCUGUUGGUGAUGAUUAUGAGAAUUUAACAUCUGGGUUCGUUAUAUCUGAUGAUAAAUUGAACACCACAACUUAUAGAAACGAUAGUUUUAAAGUUAAUUUGAUGCAAAAUGUUAGUUGGGAUAAGAUUAAAGUUGUUUCUGUUUGGGAUACAUCCAUGGCAUCAGAUUUUGGGCAUGUCGUGUUGAGAAAUUCACAAGAACCAUCGGCUCCUACCCCAUCUUCUAACCCUAGUAAUAUUACUAAAGGGAAUUCUAGUAUUAAGAUCGAUGGGGAGCCUACUAUGUUUGAAAACUGUAAGGUGUUAACGGAUACAUACAGAUUAAGAUGGACAUUGAGGGAGGAAGAUAAUGUGAUCGAUAUCGGUUUAGAAGGUGCGAUUGGGAUUCAGAAUUAUAUGGCGUUUGGGUGGACGGAACCGAAUAGGGAACACGAUCAUAUGCUUAAUGCUGAUGUUGCGGUGGCCGGUUUUACCGAAGAGGGUGUGCCAUUUGCAGAUGAUUAUUAUAUCACCAAAUAUAGUGAAUGUAUCAAGAAUCAAGAUGAACGAUUUGAGGGUGUGUGUCCAGAUACCAUGUAUGAUGUUUCGGAUGACUCGGUGAACAAUACACGAUUAGUUUAUGGGCACCGGAAAGAUGGAGUUUCGUUCAUUCGUUAUCAGAGGCCAUUGAAAUCUUUAGACAAGAAGUACGAUUGGGAUGUGAAUGUGACGGAGAAACGGACCUGCAUAUGGGCUUUAGGUUUGAUAAAGCCACCCGAUUCCCUUCGACCUUAUUAUCUUCCACAAAAUCAUGGCAAGACUUUUGGCCACGUGCACAUUAAUGUUUCCGAGAGUGUUAACGAUUGUUACGGGCCACUCGAUGCAGAAAAUAAGGAGGAUCAAGAUGUCGUGAUUGCCGACAAAAAAGAACCGCUCGUUGUUACAUCCGGUCCAUCUUUGCAUUACCCAAACCCUCCAAACCCUUCAAAGGUUCUGUAUAUUAACAAGAAAGAAUCACCUCUUUUGCGGGUCGAAAGAGGGGUCCCAGUGACAUUCUCUAUACAAGCUGGUCAUGACGUAGCUUUUUACGUUACUUCUGACCCGCUUGGCGGGAAUGCAACCAUGAGAAAUGGGUCCGAGACAGUUUAUGCUGGUGGACCAGCGGCUCAAGGGGUGCAGUCCAGUCCCAAUGAGUUAACAUGGGCACCAGACCGAAAUACUCCUGAUCAAGUCUACUAUCAGUCGGUUUACACUCAAAAGAUGGGUUGGAAGGUUCAAGUGGUCGAUGGUGGUUUGAACGAUAUGUAUAAAAAUAGCGUUCUUUUGGACGAUCAACAGGUUAAUUUCUUUUGGACACUAUCAGACAAGUCGAUAUCUAUUGCAGCUCGUGCCGAGAAGAAAAGCGGGUAUCUUGCAAUUGGGUUCGGGUCUGAAAUGGAGAACAGUUUCGCUUAUGUUGGAUGGGUCGAUGUUAAUGGUACGGGAAGGGUUAACACGUAUUGGAUCGACGGGAUGAAUGCCCAAAGUCUGCACCCAACCAAUGAAAAUCUGACAUAUGUCCGAUGCAAAUCAGAAAACGGAGUCAUCACUCUAGAAUUCACUCGGCCAUUGGAUCCCAAUUGCAACAGGAAAGAACGGCAAGAAUGCAACAAUAUCAUCGAACCCACGACUCCGCUCAAAGUCAUCUGGGCCAUGGGGGCUAAAUGGUCAUCUGACCACUUGAGCCAAAGCAACAUGCAUUCCGUUAAAAGCAAUAAACCGGUCCGUGUUUCACUCAUUCGCGGUUCAGCCGAGGCUGAGGAGGAUUUGCGGCCCGUGUUAGCCGCUCACGGAUUCAUGAUGUUUCUAGCCUGGGGUAUGUUACUUCCGGGCGGGAUUUUGGCGGCUCGAUACACGAAACAUCUGAGCGGUGACGUAUGGUUCAAGAUUCAUGUCUACUCGCAAUACUCGGGGUUAGCAAUCACGUUUCUUGGAAUCGUUUUUGCUGUUGCUGAGCUUCGUGGGUUCCAUCUUGAGUCAUUACAUGUUAAAUUCGGAAUCUUAACCAUACUCAUGGGCUGCAUACAGCCUGUUAACGCGUACCUGAGACCUAAAAAGCCUGUUAACGAUGACCCGUCAUCCAGACGGGUUAUUUGGGAAUACGUGCACGCUUACAUUGGCCGAUCCGCCAUUUUUGUCGGCAUUGCUGCUCUUAUUAGUGGAAUGAAGCAUUUAGGCGAAAGAUAUGAUGACGAAAACACUAUUGGAUUAAUGUGGGCUUUGAUUGUUUGGGUAUCGCUAGGUGCUCUCACCGUUUUAUACUUGGAGUAUGUUGAACAAAAGCGUAGGCGAGCGAUAAUAACAAGAAGCAAUUGGGUUUUGGGCAAUGGCGAAGAUGAGGAUGCUGAUCUUUUGAGCUCAAACGGGAAUCACAGAGAGAAAGAAUCGCUUUCUUCUGAAAGAAUGGAAAUUCAGCUCGAACCCGUGGCGGACAGGUACACCAUCAUCUAAAAGUCGGCUUUUUUCCAAGAUCUAGUGAGUCGUUAUCGAUCUUUUUUCAUUCUUUCACGUAAACUCUGUCUACCCGACUGCCAGUUUUGGUCUUGGAUGGCUUCGUGUGUGUAUAAAUUGUGGUUUACUCGACUCAUCGCCAUACUUAGGCUCUGGUGAUCGAGUUCAAAAGAGCGAAAAUGAUAUCUUAUGUACCUUUUUUCAUACUCGAUACAUUUGUUAUAUUCAUCUAGAAUCAAUAUAUUGUAAGUUCUCCUCUUUAAUCAU